AUGAACAUCGAUGUACCUUGCAGAAUGAGCGCGAGACCACAAGGCCUAGAAAUCAAUGACAAGAUUAGAAGCGAGUGCGACAUGAGACCUUCGCUUGAGCCUCAGGUCACUUCUGAAGCAGAAAAUGACAUUGUUGGAAAAGGUCCCAUUAUUCAAGAAGAUCCUGCAAUGACGGAAGGAGGAGCGGUAUGGCGGAAACUGGAUUAUCAUAUUCUCCCCCUAAUGGCGAUGUAUUUUUUCUUGUCCUUUCUGGAUCGAACAAAUGUCGGAAACGCACGGGUGGCGGGACUGCAAAAGGACCUCGGAAUGUCGAACAAGCAAUACAGUAUAGCGUUGACGGUUACCUAUGUGCCUUAUAUUGUGUUUCAACUACCUUCCAAUCUCAUACUCAAAGCUGUCGGACCUAAUCUUUUACUUCCAACAAUGUUAACCCUUUGGGGAGUUGUCACUGUUCUGCAGGGAGUUGUCAAGUCCUAUUCUGGGUUUUUAGCCUGUCGGUUCUUCCUAGGUCUCCUUGAGGGUGGCCUCUUUCCAGGACUUGUGCUUUAUCUCUCUUACUUCUAUCCUCGAUACAUGAUGAACACACGCGUUACCGCGUUCUUCUCAUCUGCCUCCCUCUCUGGAGCGUUCUCAGGAAUCUUGGCGUACGGAAUCAUUCACAUGGAUGGUGUCGGAAACCGACCUGGGUGGUCUUGGAUCUUCAUCCUCGAAGGCUUAUUCACGUUCCUAUUCGGCGUGUUUUCAUUCUUCCUUUUUCCUCGAUCAGUUGAUAAUUCCCGAUUUUUGAGCCCCGCGGAGAAGGAGUACAUAAAAGAAAAGCUGCUUGAAGACUGUGAUCAUAAAGAAGAGGAAGGGUUCAGCUGGAGUGAAGUUGUUGAGGCGUUGAGACUCCCCCAGCUUUGUUGGUUGUUCUCAAUCGUUGCAGUUUACCAGGAACUAACAGAGUGUUUCCGUAGCUUUUCUCCAUCGAUCAUUCAAGGCCUUGGAUAUACUGCAGCAGAUACACAGCUGAUGAGCGUUCCUCCGUACGCUGUCGCCUGCGUUGUGGCUUUGAUUGCGUCUUUCGUUUCCGACCGUUAUCGGUGCCGCGGAAUUGUCUGUGUUGUUUCUGUCCUCCUCUGUGCCAUCGGAUUUGCGAUUUUUCUCGGAUCUGAAUCAAACCAAAUCCAAUAUGGAUCACUCUUUUUUUCGGUCACCGGCGCAUGUAUGGCAGCACCAACACAAGCCACCUGGAAUGCGAACAAUGCUUCUCCUCAGACCCGUCGAGCGACAGUUAUUGCGGUCGGAUUCGUGUUUUCCAACGGUGGUGGUAUUCUCGCAACUUGGCUGCUUGGUGGUUCAUUGAGUCCUGCACCCAGAUACACCGAAGCGACAAUAACGCUCUUGGUGUUUAGUCUUCUUGCGGCACUGAUGUGUGGGCUGAAUAUGUUCUACCUCAGGAUGCAAAAUGGAAAGAAGGCUGAAAGGAGGAAGACGAUGAGCAGAGAGGAUGAGAAGCCUGGGAUCGGGAAUCACAGUUCUUGGUACAUAUACAACUUGUAG